AUGGAUGACCAAACCCUAUCAAGAUACUCCUCGAACGAGGAAGGUCUGACUGUCUUCAAGGAACGCCAUAGCCAGAUAGACAACUUGGAUGCCGCGGCAGAAUUCCUGUCUUUAGUGCUCAAGGUCUCAUUCUCGAGAGCCGAACGGCCAGUCGACGAGGACCUCACGGCAAUUACUCACUGUCACGAGCUCCUCGUUACUCAGCCUAAACUAUAUCAUGCCAUUCAACAGGCAAGAUUCCUCGUCAAUGCAUCUGGAACCGGCAAGACUCGGUUGUGCUACGAAGGACUUUGCUAUAAGUGGGGUUUUUACUUCAGCUUCCACAUAGACGACAGUCGCCUUGGGUCACUCGACUUGCAUAUCCUGCUCCCUGAAACUCGGAAUGCAGAAUAUAUUAACGGUGAAUUGUCCCAGAAAACAGAAGCCCUGACCAUUACCUUUCGUGCCAUCCUUUUGGCUCGGCUCUUGGUAUUCUUGUCAUUCCUCGAAGCCGCGGCAGUUGAAGAGGGUCAUAUCGCUGAUGAAAUGAAGAAGCGAUGGCUCAUCCUGCAGCUCGUGCCAGAUAAUCUCCGCGAAGCAUGGAAGAUGGCCGACAUUUUUAAGGACCUUGCAAGAAUGCUGGCAGCACACGACUCGCCCUCCCUCGCGUGGAACAUAGAUAUAGCCCUGCGCAAGAUUCGCACCUUUAUCGGAGAUGACGCUUUGUUCCUUGUCUUGGAUGAAGCCAGUUAUGCCGUUAAUAUGUUCUCCCAUGACCUGGAAGGCGGCUCCUUCUUGCAAGUUGCUCUUCAGGUCUGGGGAGACGCGACAGAGGGGCAGUGUCCAAUCAUUUGUGCGGGCAUUAAAAUACCUCAGGAACGGUUCAAAGACGGCCCUGGCAGUGCUUUCGCGUGGACUUCAGAUACUGGUGGAUUCGACGACCCUGUUCAGCAAGAACAAUAUGUGGCUCAGUUUCUGCCUCCUAAUUUCCGUGAUUCGCCUGCAGGGCGUUUUCUCAUAGCGAGGACGUGGCGUUGGCUACGUGGAAGGCAUCGUUUUACUGCAAUGUUUGUGGAAAUUCUGCUAUAUGAAGGCAUCGAAUUCCCGCACGCGUGUUUGGACAAAUAUAUCCAGCACGCACUUUCUUUUCGAGCUGCCGACGCCCUCGACUUGGUGGAAGCUGAAGGGAAACCGCCCAGGUGGGAGAAAGGUUUCUAUCCAAUCAAAGUCCGCAGAGAGUCGGAGGAGAACAAGAACUUGUUUCUUCAGAUCCUGUGGCGUUACAUGGCGACCCAUAACGUCGCACCGUUGCUGGGUGGAGAUCAAGUCGUCCUAAUGUAUGACGACUUGGCGCGCUUUCACAAUCCGGAGUUGACAGAAAUUGCACUCGAUGAACCGAUACCCCUUCUCGUCAUCGCAAGGACUUUGUUCCCCUUUCCGACCAAACCAAGUCCAGGCAAGCCCAACGAGAAUCCGGCGACCUUCAUUCGCAGUCUCCGCCGAAACAUUCCUCGUACAUCGGAAUCUCUGGCGCAUUGUCUCGUCUUUUAUCUUACACAGGCCCUCGGCAAGGGCAAGGGCCUCGACCAAAUCUUCUCCUUUCCACCUGGGCCUCCGGAAUGGGUCAAACAAGCCGCAACCCUUGUUCGUUUCUAUAGAACGGAGUCAGAUGAGAUAGCCUGGUCGCCAGUAGCCGCAGACGAGUUCGAAUCUUUUCGACCACUAGCACAUCAUGCUGCGUCCGUGAAGGAAACUCUUUCCUGGCUGGAGCAUCAGGUUGGCACCGCGUUUUGUCUACCGCAUUCUUCAAACGCCGACUUGAUAUUCGCCGUUCAACUGGCAGAUGGAACCUUCACCUGGGUUGUACUCAAAGCGAUGGUUACCGAAGAGCCUGUGCAACUAGCGGAGCUGCAGACGAUCCUGUCUUCACUUCAAGUUGGCAAUUUAUCCAAGGACGCUGACGACACCACUCAAUCUCAAUUCCAACGCGCAUUUGAUGCACUCCCCAAUACCGGCAGCUGCAAAGUUCUGCGCGCUGUCUGUGCUUUUCCAAUCGAGAUACCUGCUGAUUCUGCCGAUCUUCAUGGCGAUUUAGACACCGCCGCCAUCGUUAACAUCUCCGCCCUCGAAUCGCGCUCCUACCAAGUCAUGCAGACAGACUUUUUCGCCGCGAUCGUUGCAGGUGUUCUUGCCGGUCAUAAACGCAGGUCGCCAUGGGAAAGCAGCGGCGAAAACACACUGCAGACGAGUCGGAAACGAAUGAAGUUGAAGCAUUUCCACCCCGACGAACAGCCGUAUGUCACGUGGCCGCAGGCGUGGUGGGACGGGCCAAUUCUGGAUGACGAGGAGGGAGUUGAAGCGGUCGAAGAGGCACCGGUGCAAACCAAAAAAUCAGCGACACGCGGCAAGGGGAAGAAGAAAGCGGAGGCGUCAACGAAACGAGAGACCAACGCCGCUCCAUCUAAAGCUCACAAGUUGUCUGCCGAGAAGACUAUCCGUAGCAGGCGAAAGGGGCUUCCAAUCGACCAGCCUGCGGCGCGUCGUGGCGGUAAAGCCAAGUCCGCGGCCACGGAUGUUGGUGCUAUAGCUGAGACUCAUGCUGAGGGGAGCAGAAAUCCUCGUCCGAAGAAACGCAAGGCGCCACCUGUAAAUGAACCUGAUGUCGGCACUAUAGAUCUCGACAAAACUCCCGCACAAAACACGCGGAGUCGAACGAAAAAGACGUGA